AUGCCCGUUGUAGCUAUCGCAGGAGGCACGGGCAGUGUCGGUCGCUUCAUUGCCGAAGAGACUAUUGCAGAUGGUAAUUUCGAGGUCAUUGUUUUAAGUCGAAAGGCUAACCCGGCACUGGAGAAAGAGCUCGGGACACGUAUUCUGCCCAUCGAUUACUCCGGCCCCGAUACUAUUGCAACCUUGCUCGAAGAUAAUCAUGUCGACGUCGUCAUUGCCGCGCUAGGUGGACGUACACCUCCCGAGCAGGAACAUGCUCUUAUCCAAGCCGCCGCCAAGUCCAAAGCCACCAAGCGAUAUAUCCCCAGCGUCUGGGGUGUCAAGUGGCGUCCGGAGCAUUCUUGGUUCUUCAAUGCCGCGGCCAAGUUGUCUCUCUUUGAUGCGCUGGAGAAGACUGACUUGGAGUGGACCGCGGUUUUGAAUGGCUUCUUUCUAGAUUAUUGGGGUGCUCCGAAUCUCAAGACAUACCUCGAUCCUCUGACUAUAGUUCUGGACAUCCCUGCGAGAAAGGCUGCGAUCCCAGGCAACCCGAACCAGCCUGCAGUCUUUACAUAUACUAAGGAUGUUGCCAAGUUUACAGCUAAGCUCUUGAAGCUGGAGAAGUGGGAGCCAGUAUCAUAUAUUAUCGGCGACAGGCUUACGUGGAAGGAAUUUUCACAGCUUGCCGAAGAGGUUACUGGCGACAAAUUUGAGAUUACCUACGAUUCAGUCGAGCUGCUUAAAUCAGGAAAGGUCACGGAGCUUCCGGGUCACAUACCUGUCUACCCCUUCUUCCCUAAAGAAGCACUGCAAGGCAUGCUGGCCGAGCUCGCUAUCUUGUUUGACCAGGGAGCGUUAGACUUUCAGCCGGAGCAGACUCUUAACAGCCUUUUCCCAGAGAUCAAAGUAACGACAGCUCGGGACGUUUUGGAGAUUGCAUGCAAGAAAUAG